AUGGCCCCAGCCGCUCUCCAAGACAUCGCCAACACCCAGGAAACGUACGGUGACUGGCGAGACGAGUUCUACGAAAAGGGCUAUGUGGUGAUCAAAGGCGCCAUUUCCCCGGAGAAGGCGGCCAAGUAUCGCGCCAAAGCCCUCGACUGGCUCACCUCGUUCGACAAGGGUCUCGAUCUCAACGACCGCUCCACCUGGACCCAGGAGCAUCUGCCGCAGUCGUUCAAGGCGGGCAUGUAUUUGAACUAUUGCGCGGCGCACGAGAAAUACGUGUGGGAUGCGCGGCAGGAACCCGGGGUCAUCGAGCCCUUUGCCAAAAUCUGGGGCACGGACGAGCUCCUCGUGUCGUUCGACACCGUCAACAUCACCCUGCCCGGCCGCAAGGACGUUGAAUGGACGCCGUGGCCGCACGUCGACCAAGCCCCCGAACGCAAGGGUCUCUCCUGCGUGCAGGGAAUUAUCAACCUCAGCCCGGCCGGCCCCGAUGACGGCGGCCUGCUGGUCAUGAAAGGCUCGUCGAGGCUGUUCACGGAGUACUUCACGACGCAGCCGUGGAAGCGGCCAGACGACAUGCCGGCCAAGCACUUUGAUUUCUACCCGUUCCAGGACCACGAGGUGCAGUGGUUCCAGGACCGCGGCUGCGAGCUGGUCAAGGUGUGUGCGGAGCCUGGCGACCUGAUCCUCUGGGACUCGCGCUCCAUGCACUACGCCGCCUUCCCGAACAGCGACACCAUCCGCACAAUCAUCUAUGCCUGCUACACGCCGGCGAAGUUGGCGAAGCACGAGGAUCUGGCGUACAAGGCGGAGCUUUUCAAGAAGUGGGAGGCUACCACUCACUGGCCGCAUUGUAACAUCUGGAGCCAGGGCAAAGCGAUGGUCGAUGGGAAGAUCGAUCCGGAUGAGAGGGAUGAGCCGAUUGAGAAGCCGGAGUUGACGGAUAAGUUGCUCAGACUUGCGGGCGUUAAGCCAUACUGA